CAGGGCAGCUAUUUGGAUAAUAUGAUGAUAAUAUUAUUUCCACCCUACUCAUACCUCUCCCACAACUUUCUGUUCAGAUGCCUUGAGUGUACUUCCACCCUACCAACAGAACUGAUUUCCCAAGUUAAGAUCACCAGUGCCAUCAAUUUUAAUUAUAACCACGGUUAUUAUCUUUCCUUGUCCAUUUGAUUCCUUGUUACAAAAGCAUAUAUCCUACUCACUGCCAACAUUACCCAUUUCAUCUCCCUUGCAUCAAUGAUUUUCACUCUUACCUCAUUGUCACCUGUACUCUGCUGCAACUUAAAUUCUUCUCCCUGCAUAUGGAACUACACAGUAGCACCAUACCAAGAAGGUCAGGUUGUUUUUAUGUCAGGAAUCUCAGCAGUUUGGGGGUAGGGUGUUGUUGGAGGUCCACGUUUAAGGAACAUCGUGGGGAGGCAUUAAGCAGUAAAUGACUUUAACAGUUGGGGAAGAAGGAUGAACCAAAAAGCCAGCAAAGCAGUUUUUUUGCUUUGCCUGACACCAGUGUGCACACCCAAAACUGCCAAGCCCUUAUGUAUGACAUAGGCCUUACCACGCUGUGACAGUGGUAGCUGGAUGAAUCUAUUAAGUAUUCACAGGACGAAUGGCAGAUGUACGAACCAAGUCUCAGUAUGAUGAAAGUCAUGUGAUAACAGCCAAGAGAGCAAAAAUGGAUGCAGAUGGAAAUUAUUUGCUACCACAAGAUGUAGAGCUUGAGUGUGUAAAGCAUUGUGUGGUAUAUGAUGGGCACACAAAAUCAUCUGAUGUGGAAGGUCCUGCUAUUCAAUAUGCAAAGCUACUGGAAGUUAUCAGUCGCCAGCCUAUCAUGGUCCUGAAUGGUGGGUAUGAAUUCUUCUCUGCCUGCUAUCCAUUCUUCAGGACACAGAAAAUAUUUUACAUGCCGCAGGAACUGGACGCCUUUGAACCCUAUCCUGUUGAGAUUUUACCAGCCAAACUUUACAUGGGUGAUUUUAAACAAGCCUCUGACAGGCAAGUUCAGAAAGAUCUAAAAAUCAAGGCUUACCUCAACCUCUGUCGUGAAAAAGAGAUAAUCAUCGCAGAAGAGAGUGUUAUUUCAAUUUUACACAUUCCUUCUUCAGAAGAAACCAGUCUUUUGGCCCAUUUCCCAAAGAUCUGUGAAUUUCUUGACGAACAGUCAGCUAAAGGUGCGGUGCUGGUAUUCUCCACUCUAGGUAUAAGUCGUUGCUGUACUGCAGUGAUAGCCUACCUCAUCUAUUCCCAAAAAAUUACACUAAAGGAUGCCUGGGCACUUGUUCAGAAGUGUAAAGCAACAAUUCGGCCACAUCGAGAUUUGGUACACUAUCUUUCUCAAUGGGAGGAAACUAUAUUGCAUCAAAAGAUUACAAAUAUCUCUGACCCUUAUUAUUGAAAUGGUAUUUUUUAGCUGUUAAAAUGAAGCUGCAUUCACCGUAAAUUUAGAGUUGAAUACAUUCAUGUUUUUUUAAGAGUUAGUAAUUUGAUACGUGGAAAAUGCCCAAGAUUUAAUUGAAACUAAC